AUGACUCUAUGUGCAGAGCAGAGUUUGAGGCUCACACUCCGACCAGCUUGUAAACUGUUCGCCGACAGGCCGUACAGAAAGGGAAAACAAGAAUGUUUUCAGCGGCUACCUGGUAAGUCUUCGGAUUUUAAUUCCAUUCCAAUUGAUACCUGUCUAAGUCCCUACCCAAGGGUCCCAACGCCUUCAUAUACCCCUUCAAACAGGGAUGAGCAAAGUGGAGAGGGUGGAGCGGAGGAAGAGGGCGCCUCCCUGAAACCACAGGCCUUGAAUAGAGCAUCGACAGCUUUGCCUCUCAUCAACCUUUCGUCUAGACCCAUAUCGGAGAGCCAGUCAUUACCAAAUGCCCUUAGAUCAACCUAG